AUGUUCGCUGAUACUCAAACGUUCAAGUUCCAACUCCACCUUGCCCCGCUUCUUUUCGAGGCUAUCCUUUCCGAGAUCCCCAAGGACGAAUGCCGUAAUCUUGUAAAUACGGCGUUCGACCGAAAUACAUCUACCCAGCCGUCCUGCCCAAAAAACCCUAUCACCACUUUUACUUUUCUCGUAUUCAACGCGUCUCUGAGCUCUCAAUGGCUCCCUUUUGGACUUGAAAUUCAAUCGAUUUCCCUCAGACUCGGCUUAUACAUAAUCCACGAACGCUUCCACUUUGCGGUUGCACUCCAGUUCUGCUCAUCGGUCAUCACACAAUUCAUUCAUAAAGUGCGUUUUGACGUUACGGAUCGAAAAACGAAAGCGCUGGACUUUGCGGCACAGCAGGCCUCGGCUACCUCGGACGAGCUUGCCCAAAUCUCGUCCGACUUGAGAAUGCUGGAUGCACGCAUACGGGGUGUCAUACGGAGCUAUUCGAGGCUUAAGACAAAGCUACAAUCCUACGCGCCGGAGCGACAACUGGAAGCUGCCGAGUGUUGGGUGGCAGAUACCGACGGAGACUUUCCUCCAGUUGCUGCGGGCCCUGCUAAUGAAGAUUCUUUCGGACCAAGUUGGGCGUGGUGGAAGAGAGAGUAAUUAGAGCACCCAAAUAGAACAUCAGCGAAUGACGCUAGUAAUAAAGAGCAUA